AGAAACUUGUGCACAACAUAUGAUGUUCACUAAAUGGAUCUUUUCAGAAAUUCGCAUUUAAGCUUGUAAGCUCCAGUAAAACAUGGCAACAUCGCAUUAUUUUGGAAAAAAGAGUUCAUUAUUGCGAAGAAAUAAACUCACCUGUCUCUUUGGCACAGUUAAGAAAGCUGGCGACGUUAUAAAUCUAACCUCAAAUCGAACGAUCAUGACAUCCCGGGUAAGAUUAGAAAAAGCUGUCCAAGAAUUACAAAGGAAUCCGUACUUUGAUAAAUAUGCGCAAAAAAUUGCUAAACUCCAACAAACUAGUCCUGAAGAGUUUUUGCAAAGGAUUGAGGAGAAAGCAAAAAAGGAAAAAGAACAGAAAGUAUUUUGUAGAUGCUUGAAAUAUAGUCAAAAAUUAAAACGGUUUUGGAGUUUAUCAUCACAUUUAUGGUGCUCUAAUAUGGACAAGAAUAGGUCAAUGUUCAGAGCAUAUUCACAAGCUACUAAUGAACUUAAAUACAUCACAACACCAAUCUUCUAUGUAAAUGCUGUUCCACAUAUCGGCCACUUGUACACUGCAGUGGUGUCAGAUUGUAUAGCUAGAUAUAACUUGAUGCAAGGUCAUGUAACUUUCCUUAACACUGGGACUGAUGAGCAUGGCAAUAAAGUUGAACAAGCCGCCAAACUUUUGAAUAUGCCAGUGGAUACGUAUUGUGAUAAAGUAUCUUCUGACUUUCGAGAAAUGUGUGACGAUUUUGAAGUCGGAUAUACCAACUUCAUUAGAACAACAGAUGCUGUUCACAAAGCAACUGUUCAUUACUUUUGGAAACUUCUAGAAGAGAAAAAUUAUAUCUAUAAAGGAAAAUAUUCUGGUUGGUACUGCGUGCCUGAAGAAGCAUUUUUGUCAAAUCAAGAUUUGAUUGAGAAGAAAACUUCAUCUGGAAAAUCUGUCAAAGUUUCCGCAGAAUCAGGUCACGUCGUCGAAUGGACUGAAGAAGAUAAUUAUAAAUUCCGAUUGAGCUCAUUUCAAGACGAUUUGAAACAUUGGCUGAAAGAUGUAUUUUACAAAAUUGUGACACAGUGGAUAGAAGAAGGAUCUUGCUUAACAGAUUUAAGUGUUUCAAGACCAAUUAGCAGAGCUCCUUGGGGAAUUCCUACGCCAAGCGAUCCUAAUCAAACUGUCUACGUAUGGAUGGAUGCUUUAGUUAAUUAUUUAUCAUCACUGGGAUAUCCUCAAAAGAAAUACAAGGAAUUUUGGCCACCUACUACUCAGAUAAUAGGAAAAGACAUUCUUAAGUUCCAUGGCGUUUAUUGGCCAGCUUUUUUGAUAGCAGCUGGUUUGGAGCCCCCAAAAACAUUAUACUGCCACUCGCAUUGGACUGUAAAUGGUGAAAAAAUGUCAAAGUCUAAAGGAAACGUCAUAAAACCUUUCGACGCAGCUGAAAAGUUUACAAUAGAAGGAUUGAGGUAUUUUCUUCUUAGAGAAUCAGUACCACACAAUGAUUCUGAUUACAACGAAGAGCGAGCUUUGAACGUGUUGAAUUCAGAAUUGGCCGACACAUUAGGCAACUUAGUCAGUAGAUGUACAGGUAAAGUACUGAAUCCUAAGAGUGAGAUACCUAGUGCAGCAAUCUACUGUAAGGUAUUAAAAUCCGAACCUGCCGAGCAAUUGCGAUAUAAUAUGGAAUCUCUUGGGAACAUUGCGAAGGGUCAUUAUGAGUCGCUUUAUAUUCACCAUGCAAUCGACGCUGUAAUGACUACUUUGAGAAGCGCCAACAUUAUGGUUGACUAUCAUAAACCAUGGAUUUUAAGAAAAGAAAUAAACAAUGUGGUUGCUAUGACAGAGUUGAAGUCAGUUAUAGCUUUAGCUAUGGAAACUACGAGAAUUAGUGCUUUGUGUUUGUAUCCAGUCGUUCCAAAACUAAGUACUAAUUUGUUGGACUUCUUGAAUAUACCUAUGGAUAAUAGAUUUUGGAAAGAUACCGCACCGAAGUAUUUGAGUCCUUGUGCACCAGUUGAUUCAAAACAUUUUGGGCAUACGAAUAUAAUAGUCUUUCCAAAAAUCAAAUCGAAAUCCUAAAACUAUUGAUUGUUAAUUUUUGUGGAUUUUACUGAGUGCUUUAAGAAUGAGUACACUCUAUUAAAAUUUAUUUUUAAUUUUGUACUUAAAUUUUAUUGUAAUUUAUUUUUAAUUUUGUGUAGCACUCAAAUAAAAUUUAUAGUUUUACUAAGAGUAAGUUUCGUUUAUUAAUGCGCCAUGAACGUGUAAGUAAAUAAAAUAGAGUUUAGUCAUAUAGUAGCAUUUGGAUUUUUCAUAUGAAAUUGGAAGAGGUUUGAGUAAAAUAAGCUUUUGUUUCAUAAACUCACGCAGAUUUUUUGUAUUAAUAUUUACAGAUAAUGAUCAUUCGAAUACAUCUUUAGUUCACAUAAAUGCACGCAUCACUUUAUAUUUUAAUUAGUAACUUUCUUAUAAUGAAGAAUAAAAAUAAAUCUUAAAAAUAUAAAACAAAAAAAAAUAAAUAAGAAUAAUUAUGAUGACAAGAGAAUUCUACAUAUUUACUAAACAAGUACAAUAUGGUUGCAACAUUAAAUGUAAUUGUGUAGUUACAAUUAACUUGCAUCCGCAGGAAGCUCGAUCGGACCACGCUCGUUCUAUGAAACAUUCGUUUAUCCAUUUCCUUUUGAAAAGAAAAACAGUUCAUUACUCUUUAAUUUUAUUUCUACCUAUUUAAUCAUUUUUUAUAUCCAUCAAUAAGUACUUUAUAAUUUUUUUUAAUGUAGAAGACGAUUCUUCCUUCUUUGUUAUCGGACGAUUGUACAGUGUACACAUGUAUGGAAUUGAUCGAAACUCAUUUAUACACUGAUUUUUAUUUUACAUAUCUAAUUAUUAUUUGUUGUUAUCAUUCACUUAUUAUAUUCGACGACAUAAGUACUAACUUAUCUAUAGAUAUCAUCGCAAUGCCUUUAAUUAUAUCUUAAUUUACGACGAAUGAUUUUAGUAUGUAGUAUGAACCCGUGAACACAUGAAAUAUAUAGAAAAAUAAACAUACAAUGACUAUGUACAAGAAAGAUGAGAAAAUGAUACGUCUGCUUAUUUUAAUAUUGCUAGUUUAGUUAAUUUUUUUGUUGAUCGUUUGUUAUUUACUAUCGAUAAGCUUUCAUAUUUCAGUG